GUAGCGUGACGUCCCACCCGUCAGAGCGUGCGGAUGUGGAGCGGCCUGAUGUACUCACUCCGUCCGUGCUCCAUCACCCUGUGACGUAGUUAGCGGCAAACCCCCCAGGCACCAUGCCGGUACGGUGGUCGGUUGCCGCGACUCUCUACUGCAUUCUGCAGAUGUGCGAAGUUGUCGGCACCAGCGGCACUCAGGCCAACACGCCCAUAAAACUCCCCGAUGGCGUGGACGUGUUUAAACUCAUGACUCUGGUGUGUCAGGAUGAACAUAAGGACGCUCGUCUCUACACCACAGGUCCCAGUUGUAACGCCACGUGGGACGGCAUCACGUGCUGGCCGCCGGCUCCCGCUGGGACACUAGUGAGCAUGCCCUGUCCCGCACAGCUUCGUGGGAUACAGUAUGACACUACAGAAAAUGCAACGAAGCUGUGCUACAAAAACGGCACCUGGGCCAGAAAGGCGAACUACAUCGACAACUGCCAUCCCAUCAGCGCUAGCAGCAAAUCUGAGAACGCAGAAAUGGAGCGCCAUCUUGAGAAUGCCAAGCUGCUGAACAAUGUUGGCCACGCCAUCUCCCUGGUCUGCCUGGUCAUCGCCUUCGGCCUGUUUGCUUAUCUGAGGAGCAUCCGCUGUACGAGGAACAACAUCCACUGGAACCUGGUGGCAACCUUCAUCCUCAGGAACACCAGCUGGUUCAUCAUUCAGGAGGUGGUGGAUGUGCAGACCGUGCAGGACAACAGCUGGUACUGCCGGGUUGCCGUGACCCUCUACAACUACUUCCAGGUCACCAACUUCUUCUGGAUGUUCGUCGAGGGGCUCUACCUCCACAUCAUGAUCGCGCAUGCGUUCGGGACCGAGCGGAUCAAGUUCUGGGUCUACGCGCUGAUUGGUUGGUGCGUUCCAGUUCCAAUCAUUGUCCCGUGGAUGAUGGUGAAAAUCUUCCUGAAGAACGAAAGAUGCUGGAUUGACACCUCUGGAGGGUUGGACCACUAUGACUUCAUCUACCACGGACCCACCAUUCUCGUCUUGUUGGUCAACUUUGUCAUCCUUGGAAACAUUGUGAGAAUUUUGGUUUUGAAGCUGCGUGCAAGUCCGAACAACCUGGAUACAACACACUACAGCGAGUACUCGGCAGAUGGAAUCGGCACGACUCAAAGGAUGUCACGUGUUUCCUAUAAGUUACAAUCAAGCAUCAAGGCGGUGAAGGCGACCGUGGUGCUGCUGCCCCUGCUGGGCAUCACGUACAUCCUGUUCUUUGUCCACCCCAGCGGCAAGGGAACAUCAAAACUCUUCUUCAUCUACUUCAACUCAUUCCUGCAGUCCUUUCAGGGAUGCUUCGUGUCCAUCAUCUACUGUUUCACGAACACAGAGGUUCAGACCACAAUCAAGCGCCAUGUGGACAUCUGGCGGGACCAGCACUGGUGCACGUCUGCCUCCCCUCCGUCCAAACACAUGCCCAUGACGAGCAUCACGGCCGGACCCAGCAACGGCAACAAGAACGUCAGCAUACGAGACACGUCUGCCUACGAGAAGAGCGUCAUCGUCCACACGGCGUAAGACGUCCACGGUUUUCUUCUACCGUUGUAAAACAACAAUAACAGU